UUCACUUGAAAGUUGAAACCUCUGUGUUGUGUUGUGUUGUGUGUGGCAUCACAAAAUGAACACUUUAUCCAUGGCACUUGCUCACCCAACUCUUCUUCCCACUUUCCAUCCCAACCCUUUAACCUUUUCUUCCAUCAAACUCAAACCCUCACUUUCCUUCUCACACUCACGCUCGCACGUGCCUCUUCAAACCCCCACACGCUUCAGGACCCUCUCUGCUUCCGCCGCCGUCGCCGAAGAAGACGCCCCUCCCUCGCCCCAGCCCGAGAAGCUUGGAGUGGUAGUGAAGGCAAUGGAGAAGCCAAGACUCGUGUUGAAGUUCAUUUGGAUGGAGAAGAACAUUGGAAUUGCACUUGACCAGAUGGUACCGGGCCAUGGCACCAUUCCUCUAAGCCCAUAUUACUUUUGGCCCAGAAAAGAUGCUUGGGAAGAGCUCAAGGAGUUGCUCGAAAGCAAGCCUUGGAUCUCUCAGAAGCAGAUGAUUAUUCUUCUCAAUCAAGCUACUGAUAUCAUCAAUUUGUGGCAGCAGAGUGGUGGCAACUUAUCUUGAGUGUUGGAACAUCUUUCAUUUCAAACAUUUUUGUCUUUUGCUAUUCUUGGGGUAAUCAGUGAUGUUUUUUUUAUUAUAGGAUGUUGGUGUUCCCUUUUUAAUGUUAUGUAGCUAUGUUUGUACGCUCUUUCUCUUGCUUUGUAUAUCAGCCAUGUGCUUAAUAUUACUAUCAACUAAUCUAAAAAUUCUUUCUUAUGAUUCA